UUCCGCUCCACCUCAAGCUCAUCAUGAAGCCGCGGAACCUCAUCGGAAGCCACUGUGCUCCAUACACAUACCGCCCCCUCCUUUGCUGCGUCCUCUGCCGCUUGCUGUGUUUUCUUGGUCUGUUUGUACCGCGACCGCCACCGCUGGCCGGUGCGUGCGUGCGUCUCCCUCGCCCGGCCACCCCAGCGUUGCUUGCAGGGGAAGAGGAUGGUCGACGACGACGACGGCGUCUCGCGGCGGGCCACCUUCGGCGAGCUGCUGACGGAGGCGCAGGAGCUCGACGCGCUCUGCGAGGCGGACGUCGGCGUCCUCGUCUUCGACAGCGCCGGCAGGCAGAUGGACUACUGCAGCCCCCACACCAGUUGGAGCGAGCUAACGCAGCGCUACAAGAGCAUCAGCAACGACAAGUUCCAGGGGAUAAAUCCUGAUGAUGACCAUCAGCAGCUGUUGGCCGAAAUCUCAAGGUUGAGGCGUGAGCGUGACCGCCUCGAGGCCAGCGUGAGGAGGCAGUCCGGAGACGACUUGCCACCCGCCGCAACCGCGGAGCUCGGCGAUCUGGAGCAGCAGCAACAGCGUGCACUUGCUAAAGUCCGUGAGAUGAAGGAAAAACUGCUGCAGCAGCAGUUGGACGAAUCAUACCACAGGGUGCACAUCCUGGAGGACCAGAACAGUUUCCUUCGCCACAUGAUGAGCGAGGAGGGGCGGCAACGUGCUGCCGUGGAGGCGUCGGCGGUGGUGGCGGAGCUCAUGGCGCCGCCGAUACAGCCGGCCACACUGUUCGGGGGCUUCUUCCCGGAGGUGAAGGAGGAAGGGGCAUCCACGUCGCUCCGGCUGUGGCCGCAGCAGUUUCCUGGCUGUGGCAAUUAAGAACGAGGAGGAGCGAUGAUGGACUCAUGGGAGACAGACGGAGGCUAAUUAGUCAACUAAUCUAGCUUGAAAUUACUAGUAGUAGCAGGCCAGUAGAUAGUGCCAAGGAUCCGGCGUAUCUUGGGAGGCCAUGCAUCCAGUUGACAAGUAGUUGGGCCAGUAUCUUGUCAACCGUUUGUACAUACAUAUAUAAGUUCCGAUUUGCUACACAUAAUUUCCCCUAUGGAUAGGAACUCCCCUCGUGUGUGCAGCAGUGUUUUGUUUAACAUCAGUGUUUAUCAUUGCUUCUGACUUGAAUGGAUUGACCAACAUGUCUACUUCGA